AUGGUUGUUAGUGCUUCUGUCUCCGCGACGGGGGCUGUGAAGAGGCCUUCCUCCGCGCUUCAAGAUGACUGCGCCGGUUGGGAAUCUGCUCCCCCUAUGGCCAUGCAAAUGCGCACAUCAUUCAACCUCCCCUUCACUCACUAUGCUUUGAUUUAUAUGGACAACAUGGGCAAGCUCAAGGUCUCGGAGUCGGCUUCUAUUCGUGACCAACACGACACUCUCUUUACUCCUGAUGUGCGGGAAAAGUUCCUGGAGAUUCUUGGGCCUAAGAUCGGGUACCACAAGCCACUCAUUCGCAGACCCUCUGGUGUCGGUGCUUAUCCCUACGGUUAUGGACACCCUGAAGACUUCUCCCGCCAGGUUAAGAGACGCAAGGCGUCCAUUCAAGAUCCUGCACUUGACAUGCACUUUUCCAGCCAGUACUCUGACUCGGUCGAAGAGUUCCCUCAGUACCCGUCGACCAACAUGGUCGGCCUUGAGAUCGGAGACACCGAGAAGGUUCUCGAGUACUAUGAGAAUGCUCUCAAGCACUUUCAACAACUGAACUGCCGCCAGAUCGCCAAGGCUUUUAUCAAGUUUAUCGAACCGCGCAAGCAAGUGAAGCACCCGUACAACGGCGGUAAGCCCCGUGCUGGAGCGGCCUCGGGUGAGAAGGGAGACCCGGAAAAGACCAAGCCAGAGUGGUGGCCCGCUGGCGUCGUCCAUAAGGAGCCGGACCACCUUCGCAAAGAACAACGCAUUCGCCUCCUGAUCCACAUUGUUCGCAAGCUCGGAAAAUUUGGCAUCACCCCUGAUAAGCUGCAGGAAGUUGCCUACGACUCCAAGAGACAGCUCAGACCCACGACCAAGAUCGAGGUCCUGGAUGAGAUCUUCAAGGUGCGACGGAUGGAGGAGAGAUACGAAAGAGGUGAAAUUGACGCGACCACAAUGGUAUACGUUGUGAACCGGGACGCCAACCAGAAGGGAGACAAGGACUCCGACUCUGUCAGCGAGCCCGAACAAAAAGCUGACGCCGAGGAAGUGGAUGAAGUGGACGAGGGCUUCCUGACCCCUGCAUCAUCCGCCCAACACACUCAGACUUCUUUUGCAUCUGUUGACAUGAGCAUGGGUGCUAGCCGCCCAAUGCACAUCAGUGGUGACAGAGACCAGCUUUUCCCAUUGCCUGAAUCUUUAAGCUUCGAAGAGCAACCCAGAACUGAACGCACAUACUACCCUGCCACGUCCGACUACUCGGAUGAUUAUGGCCACAGUCUGCUGAAAACUCCUGUGACUUCGACGAUGGUCAGCCCAAGUGACCAAACUGGCUCCUUCGAAUACCUGCCUCCGGCCCCGUUCACAGCCUCAACGACAGCGGAACAGAUGAGUGGCCAGCGUCCCGCAGCGAUGCCAAUGCAGCACUCCAUCAGCCACUACGACUCUUGGACGCCGACCUUCCGCCAAAACGUCUUCCACCCGAUGGAGUACGGCACGGCACCAAACCAAACUCUCCCCCAACCUGCCGUGUCCUAUCCGAUGUCGAUGCCACCUGCCUCUCAUCCGGAUAUGCCUCACGGUCUUCCGGACCCCAUGGACCACAAGCCUGCGGUCUUUCGCCCAGGGCCCAUGAUGGUUCCCCACCACACUGCGACCGCCUAG